GUACCGGUAUACACAUAAGUGAUGCACUACUGAAUUCAAAUUGUAACAGUCAUUGACAUGUGGAGUAACAAAUAUAUCUGCGCAAAGCUACACCCAGUUCAGCGUGACAGGGAUCACUUUUGCAAGGAAAGGUGACAGUAAAGUACGUUCCGAGUUCUGCUGGAAGUUUAAAUUCAAGGUGGGAUAACAUGGCAACACUGAGCUACUACGUUCUUCUCGUUUGCUUCGUGGCAACAACAUCGUUUGCGAGUCUUUGUCCUGGAAACGGAACGUAUGAAGCGUUGGACCCAAAUAGGCUCAGCAAAAUGAGUUUUCCCUUAUACGACGUGAUUGAUAUACCUGCUGCGAAAAGUCAUGUGGAUUGCUGGGAUGUCAAGCAGAUUACUGGAAACAAGGAUGGAUUUGUUGUCACAUAUAAACAACAAAUGGAAGGUCGUCCAGCAGAAGACUCGCUCGAAUUGAAUUUAUAUUUUGUACAUAAUGGAGACGGAACAUAUAAGCUCAAUCCUAAAAACAAACAAAAAGUGAUAGAAACUUCUAAAGAAUCUGUGAAACACAAAGCCGAUGAAAAAAUGCUGCAAGAAGUAGAAGAUGCUCGACAGAAACAAUUUGCAUCGACUUAUUUCUUCUUGACUGAUUACAAAAAAUACUUCAUCUUGAGUAAAUGUGCUCCAGGAAAUCGUCUAAUCGGAUUUAUGAAGCACAUAAGAAAACGUCCUAGCGGUAAAGACGUUGUGGAUCUUUGGAACGAAUUUGCAAAAUAUGGCGAAUCAACCACCGUAGAUUGGGAAGAAUAUUGUACAAGCAGAAAAGAAACAAAGCAGAGCAUUGUGCAAAAAUGAUCUGGUCUUUUAGGCCAUGUUUAAUUUAUAUUAGAGUUAUAUGGAUUUCAGUCAUUGAAAGUUUCUCAAUGUUUCAUUUACUUCGUAUUCAAGUGAUAUAAAAUACAUGAUAAGCAUAUAUAUUCAAAUCAGAUUUACGUUGCGAGGAGUCCCCGAGUCGGAAACUAGUCCCGUUUUUCAAUACUUUGAAUUUAAUUUCGAAAUAACGUUGGUUUACCCUGAACGUGAGAUAGGAAAUUUAGUGUCAAAGUGACUCAUAUUUAGCCAUCGACGACUCCGCUUAACCCGCCGCACGAUCGGACUCGGGACUCCGCAAUUAAGAUAUAUUCUUAUCCUUCUACUUGCAGUGUAGAGAAGGUGGAUUAUAACUAUGAAUUUUAAUGUUAUAUAAACCAUUUUUAUUACUAAUAUGUGAAUUCCAUGAAUAGGUCAGUGCCCUGUUUUCCCUGAUUAUGAUUUAUCACGGCAAGCGCCAAGUCCUAGCAAUGCUCUAUGUAUCGAUCGUUCUUUGUAUUAACGAAUUUGUGACGUGUUUCCUCCGUUCGAGAGUUAAGGAUUUAGUGUUUUUCAUGUUUUUGUGUUGCUUACUGUUGUGAAUUUCAACCGUAUAACUGGUAUUAAUAUUUAGGUGUAUAUUUCAAUAUAUCUAUCC